CCCCGAGGAGCCCCAGGGCCGCCCGGCUGCUGCUGCUCCUGGUGAUGGUGAUCAUGGUGACGGUGGUGGGCGCCCGGCCCGGGGCGCAGGCGACGAGCGGACACGAACAUGGCUUGAAUCCCAAUAGUGCUUUGUGGGAUAUGGAUUACAGAAGACUGUUGCACAGUAAGAAAACCCUUUCUGGGACCGUGGUCUCUUACAAACCCUCCAGCUCCUUCAGAAGCAGCUCUCUCCUGAGUUACCAUGGAAGGAGAAGUUUGCUUAGUCAGAACCUGAACCAGAAGCCACAAGAAAAGCAGUUGUCCUGUGAUAUGCUCCUUAAACUCUCCAGAUACAUUUUAAUGGAUAUCUUUAGACCUAGCUUGGCCUGGAAUCUCUUUCGGUUUCAUAACUGUGAUCGAGAAGUCAACCUGCCCAAAAUUCAUAUCAGCCUCCUCAAGGUGGCCCAGCACAAGGCGAAGCCGUUCCUGCUGCACAGGGUGCUCCGGCUCCUCGGGAACAUGGGAGUGGUGUUUGAAGCUCAGCAGUCCAAGGCCUUUUCUCUGCUCAAGAAGCAAAUGAUUAAACCAAGGAAAGCGCCGUUAAGGCCCGAAGAGGAGCAAAGUGGUAGGUACACAAGGAGGAGAUGUGGGUUUGGUAUCUCUUUCUGGUGCUGUCUGAGCGGAAUCGCGGGGCCGGGCAUCACUGGAUGCAACCCAGUGGUCUGGUCUGUGCCGGGAGGCGCACUCGGCGCUCGGGCUGAGCAAAAGGCAGGAUGCGGGGUGCUCAUCCCUGGGCGGGAGGGGCGAUAGGAGGGCGGGAUCCUGCCGGGCU